AUGGCGCACCGCACAGUGCACCGACUGACCUGCAUUAUUUCACUUCUGGCUGUGACGUCAGCAGCGAAAGAAGAGGGAAGAUGGUCUCGUCAGCUCGACUCAUAUACCACUGACCUCAGCGAUUGGGUUCCCCUUGACGGUCCCGUAGAGAGAGAACCUUUAAUGGCUCAGAUGCCAAUCAAGAGACAAGCCGUUGCGGAACCUCGGAUACUGACAGAGCCCUUCCCCGGAAUUGCUAGACCUAGUGGUUUUAGUUCUGACGGAUUUUCAUCAAGAAACUACUUUAACAACCAAGCCAAUAGACAACCACUCUACUUACAAUCUGUGCCUUCCGUCCCAUCAGCCCCACAAAAUUACCUUAAUGAUCAAGGAUUCAGCCAAGGCAUUCGUUUUGGUUUGUCACAACCCAAUUUCCCACUGAACCAAGGCUUUAUCGCUCCUCCUUUAGGAUUUGAGAACGGUCCUCUACAAUCCCAGUCAAGACGACCCCAAACUAUACAAGGAUUCCCUAUGAGUCAAUUAGGCUUCCCUCAAGCUUCAGGUGUACCCUUAUCCCUUCAAGGCAAACCCUUUGCAAACCCCGUGCAGCCAGUGAAAUCGGACAUACCCAAGUUCGUCGAUGGAUACCGUGCUGAGAAUGCUAGUAAUGACUUCAGCUUUUCUUCUAAAAAGAGACCGCAAUCAUUACAAAAGAUUAAAUUUGAGGGUGGUGAAAAAGUGAAACAAGAAAUUAUACCACAUCGCUCGAACAAUGAGAGAGAAGAAGUACAGUUGCUGUAUGUCCCAUUAGAACAACUGAACAGAGGCCAAUUCAAUUUUAGGAGUCCUUUGACAACUUCUCAACUAGUCAAUACCGAAAUGUAUUCUCAAAACCUACCGAGACCAAACAAAGUAACCCAAAAUUUCUUGAAUGACUACAGACCAUCUCCUAAACCCCUUGAUACUUUCUCGGGACAAAACUACUUUUCAGACUUCAACACACAAAUUAAAGAUUUAGAUCAAGUACCAAAAUUCACGACACAUACUACACCUUACCCAACUCUUGCACCUAUUACUCCUAAGUCGAAAAAAUUAAAGCCCCAUCAGCCACCUUUAGCUAUUUUCAUGAGAGAUACUGGCAAAAACACUCCUCUAAAAGUUGGUGAUGUUUUGUCGUCACUGAAGUCUGCAGAAACGAUUGCUGUCCUAGAUUCAGUGAACCCAAUGAAUGCGCCAAAAGUUUUUAUUGGACCCUCAAAUAUGCCCCCACCAGAAAACUUCGUGAAAUUUGAAUUGCCAUAUCUAUCAAACGUCGACCACAGUGACAAUAAACUUAAGCAAUUACCAUUUUUCGUUGCUCCUUUAAGCUACAACACUCCGAAUGGUUUUGCUAAAAUUCCCUUCCCUUCACCUCACGUAGGUUCAGUGGUUAUCAACUCACAAAUCAAAGAAACAACACAAUCACAACCUUCGCAACCUAAUGUUAAUCCAAACUAUUACUUAUCCACAUAUAAACCUGAACCAAAGCCUGUUACACAGAAACCAACCUUCAACUACUAUAGUUCUGCCUCACCAACUACGAAAUCUUUACCAAACCAUCAGUCCAACUAUUAUUCGUUUGAACCGCAGACGGUUUCUUCACUUCGAACACCUUUGCAGCCAGAGACCCAAACGGCGCCUCCCAAAUCAGGAUCUUACUUCCUAAGUAAUGCCCGUCCUCAGUAUAACUCACAAGAGUUUACUAAUUUUGCGCCCCAAAAUAAUUACAAAUCUUCAGAAAUUACUAACCAGUUCAACCACCCUAGAAAACCAGAACGGACAACAACUUUAAGAACAACUACUACGACUACAACUAAACAGCCAUCUACUUAUCCAAGUCAACUUUUAGAAACACACAAUCCGUAUUCAAUAAACCAGGCCUUCCACUUCAGCACGCCUUUAGACUACCAUAACUACUUUGACGACAUCAAUCAACCUCAGGUCACUCCUGAAUCUGUUGAACUUUCAACUCCAUCGCCUACACCAAAUCCACGAAGUCCGUCAACUCAUCAGCCACAAUCUGAACAUAUGGUCACCGUCAAACCAAAGUAUCGGCAACAAUCCUCACCAAACUACUUAAAUAACUAUUCUCCUGAAAUACAUUAUGACUCAGAUCGUAAUACAAAGUAUCCAGUUUAUAACUCGAAUGACUAUGUGACCAAUACUGAGACGGAUUCACAGCAAACGCAAGCUCCAAAUUACGUUGACAACACUCAAAAACAAAAAUAUGUAACAAGUGUGGAUACAUCCAGCAAUAAACAUAACACAAAUAUAGAAACUUCAGUGAAUCAAUAUACUAAUGAAAGUCCCGAAGUCAAUAAUUACAACGUUGACAGUUACAACAAAUAUAAUACAAAUAUUGAUACCUCAGUAAAUAACUAUAAGACAGACUCAGAGUCUAAUGUCAAUCAAUAUACAAAUAUUGAUACACUCGAAAAUUAUAAGAACGAAUACAAUCAAAAUGUUGAUACAUCGUCGCCUGAACCAGGAAAUCUUUCAGAAGUAAACAAUCUAUCAACAGUUUCUGAAAACAUUAAUCAACAAAAAUACGACGUGAAUAAUAAUUAUGGAGAAAAUACUGACUAUGCAGAAAUUAAUCCAACUCCUUCGACUUCAACAUCAACUACAACAACUCGAAGAACAGCAAUUAGGUCUAGGGGACGUCCACGACAUAGCACAACACCUCGAUCUGACUCCUACGAAUCAACGACUAGAGUAGUAGUAUCGAGAAGGCCAUUGAGAGAAAGAAGGCCACAAUCGACUAGGCAAAGAUAUGAACCAAAUAAAAUCUCAACUGAAAAGCCAAUUAGGAAACCAGUAGACUCUGGUGAAAGUACAACAAAAAGUACAAAAACAAGAACGCGUGGACGUAUUCAUUACAGACCGUCUGGCAGUGACGAAUCGCACGACAAGAAGAAGAAUCAUAACACUAAAGAAAAAGACUUAGCAUACCAAAGAGAUGUACUGCACCAGAACUACCCUGUUACUUUAAUGGAACGCGCUAGCACAGUAGAUAUUGAAGCUAUUACUGAACCAACUCUUCAACAAUCAUCUGUUAAUCUUCAAGAACAUGUGACUGAAACUGUUGACACAGAAAAUGCCUACACUCAUGAGAGGGCCGCAAUUAGCGAGCAGGAAGAAGUAAAAGAUAUAUCACCGUUAUCAUCAUAUACACCAAGAAGUACUCUCCAAACAGAAACUCCAUACGUACCAAGAUCACAAUCCCCGCGUAAUGAAGAAUACUAUUAUCAGCCACGAAGCAGUAUUGCACCGGUAGAAGCAUCAAGAUACCAUGAAGCAGCAAAUGAUAAAGAAGACGAUAUCUAUGCUAAACAAACAACAAGUGUACCGAAUUUAGAAAAAACUGAUCCAAUUGCAUAUGCCACUGAAACUUCAGCUACUGAACAAAACGAACCAAAUUACUCGACUCGUAACGACUAUGCUACUAUAAAACAAGAGGAAGAAAAUACUGCUUCUGAAGUUGAAAAUACUAAACUUACUAACUCUGAACGUACAGAAAUUGAAGAAGAAGAAAAUGUUGUCCAAACUACACCUUCAUAUAACCGAGUACGCGUCCGUCCAGGAGUUAUCAGACAGUAUCAUCAAACUUCUUCAAGUGAUGCACCAAAAGUAAAAGAAAGAAGGAGGCCUCCUCAGCCAGUCACUUAUAGACCAGCAUUUGAUAGACGCCGGACAACAAUGAGGAUUGACGAGAUUGAAGCUGACUUGAAAACAAAACAAGUGCAUGCAAGACCUGAACAAGAAUACAAACACCCUGUCUAUAAACCAGAGGCCACAACAGAACCGGCCAUGGUGUCAUCUUCCACCACAGAGAUUACAACUAAACGUAGCCAUUUGCGCCGUAGAAGACCAUUACACCCCUACUCGACGUCAUCAACAGAAGCGUCAAGUACUAAACGUAGCUAUGAUGUGAAGAACCGUUUCAGAGGUCGUCGACCGACAGAAAAAACCUCAGAAAAAUCUGAUGUCAUAACUGAAGCACCUUCUCCGACCACCAGAGCUUCGGUACAUACCAGAUACAGCCACAGACCGAGGCUAUCAGAAAGAUACAACAAGAAACCAGAACCUGAAGUAGAAAUAGAAGACCAAGACUCAAAUUUCUCUAUCAACAGGCCAAGUUACACCGAAUUAGAAGGGGAACAUUGGUCUCCAAAAAUUUCAAGCGAUUCGUUCAAACCGUUCAACCCCAACGAUAUCACAGACGAACAAAGAACUGCAACUACAGAACGAGGACCUGACACGGAGAGUGAAUUGGAUAUAAUCACGGCAAGAAAUGAAUAUGAUGACAUUCUUUUAACUGUAACACCAGUGAGUAACAAUAGAAUGAAUAAGAAAAUUCCUGAUAUUCCACCGACGCUAGAAGCUUUAGUAGAACAAAGUAAAGUGACAAAGAGUGACUCAACUGACACGAUGUCUACUUUCGAGAGUAUGCUAGAAGAAGUGAUGAAGAGUUUAGAAGAGCAGGAUAAAGACGAAUACAAUACUAAUGUUAUGAAGCAUAAAGGUGGUGAAAUCGGUGAAAUACCACCAGAGAUUGUAAUAUCCUCGGGAGACAGUUAUGUGCCAAAGUCCACUAUGCCUUUAGAAGAAGUCACAACUGAGCUAACCACGGCUGAUGAUUCUCCUCUUCCUGAUGAGGAGAACAAAGACAGAAAAUCUCGUCGCCGUGGUUUCUGGAAGAAGGUCAAAGUACGUCCUGCGACAGAAUCCAUAGAAUUCGCCGAAUCACAAUACUACACCAGCACCGUCAAUCGUCUCGGACAGCCCGUUAAAAACAUGAAAGUUGUCCACGAAAAGACCUUUAAUGAUAAACCUAAAGUAACUACCUAUAAACCAAAGGUGCAGUACCUUACAGACCUCUUUUCAAGCGGAGAUGAUUUUGCAGAUGUUGAUGUCAUGCCUGCAGUAGACAUACAUAAAAUCAAAAGCAAAAAAUCUCCUAACGAAGGAACAGUCACCAGCGAAGAGAGCAAGAAAACAACUGCAUAUGUAGAAAAGGAAACCCAAACUAUGAGUCCUGGAGAUUUAGAUUUGGGUACAGGCUCUCCUGAUCCCACAGUCGAUGACAUGUAUUAUUCUACUACAAAUGAACCAGUACCUACUAAAGCUGACGAUAGAUCUGAUACAUUUAGCUUCAUGAACUAUUUGUUUGGAAUGACAUCAGAAGGUAGUGAAGGCAGUUCUGUAGGAGAAAACAGCACAAAAACCACUGAAUCAAAUAUUCAAAUUACAACAGAGCAGCCCAAAACGAAAUUAGUUACUACUGAGACUGGUUUUAUUCCUGAAGAAAUAACAGAAAUAACAGCAUCAUCAGCAAAUACUGACAAUACUGAUGCCAUAGAUGUUUCUGAAAUUCAGAAAACAAAUUCUUUAGAAGAUGCCAAAACAGAAAAAGACACAGUAGAAACAACUUUUAUACCAGUCACUGAUGUAGAAAGUUCAUCAGUGUCAUCAUUUAUGGACCCCUCUAAUGUUUUAAGCACGUCAAUGUCAACUGAAGUGUCACACGAAACAGAAAUAUGUUUUAGAGGCAAAUGUAUCAAAACUAGUAAAGAUAUCCUAUAA